AUGAGUCCUGAUAAGGCCCGGUCGCCGAGCCCCGAACCCAAGAUGGAGGAUAGGACGAUCAAGUUGGAGGAUAUCCCAUGGAAAGAAACGAGCCCUUCAGAGGGAACGUUGAAUCAAGACAAUUAUAUCAGAUUCGCAUUGCGCGCAGAAGUACAGCAGCGUACGGAACCUAUCGAAGCCCUUGUCCACUUCUUCCGCUCAAAAUGGCGAUUCUUGACUCACUCAUGGUCGUCCACGAUCCUGUCCACCCUCAUCGCCGUGCUCGCCAUUACUGCGACGCGCAACCUCUUCCAGCCCGCUGCGCAGCAGCCGGUGCCCGACCUCGUCAAAGUCGCGGGAAUCGCGCGGUCUUUCGAACCGCUUAUCUACUUUUCUGAGAAUGGCGCAUCCCAGGUUGGCGAUCUGCAAGCGACUGGUGUCGCCGUGUGGGAUCUCGGCGAGAGCGUGCGCUCCAGCAACAUGACUUCUGCGCCGAUCAUUGUCAAGGAGCUGGAUGAUCUCAGUGAAAGCUUGAAGACUCUAGCUGUUGAGCUGACAAAAUUCUUUGCGAAUGUUGAUGGCGACAUUGAUGGCAUCCUUAUAGUCAUGGACUGGGCGCGCAGAGAACUCUCUCAGGUUCAACAUCUCCCGUCAUCGCCCUUCACUGCCGCCUUUGACAACAUUCACAAUCUCCUCUCUGAAGCCGGCGUUCUCGAAGACGGCUUUGGCAGCCCGACUCGCCUUGGCUCUCUGUCGAGGUAUAUCUUUGGCAUGUCCAACCCGCAACGUACACGCCUCACUCUUCAGCGCACAUUCAAUGAGUUCCUCACCGUACUCGAGGAUGCCAUCAACUCGGAACUUCAACACUCUCUCGCCUUGUUUGCUCUCUUCGAGGCCAUCGACCACCAGUUCCUCAAUCUCGCGCGCACUGUUGUUCGUGAGGCAUCCGCGCAGGAGGACCUACACGCUGACUCGCUGUCGUCACUCUGGACGCGAAUCCUAGGCGCCAACGCCGCAGAGGUGGCCAAGUACGAGCGCAACCGUCUUCUGCUGCAGAACGUGAGGGAGAAGACAGUGCGAAACAAGAGCAUCCUGGUCGAGCACAAUGGCAAGCUCAUGGCUCUCAAGGCCAAUCUCGAAAACCUGCGACGCAAGCUGGUCAGCCCGCUCGUGAGGUCUGUCAACUCGAGCACCCUGACGCUCGAGGAUCAGAUCCGCGGGCUCGAGGACGUCGGGGGAUACCUCGAAGGUGUGCGGACGCGGCAGAAGGGCAAGCUGAUGGAGAUGCUGUAUGGGAGCGUCGGGAACAGUCGGCGGCUCAUUGAAGAGCGGGCGUAUGGCCGUACAGCAUGA